CUUCGCCAUGCCCUUGCGAUGUUUGGUGGUGGACUGUGGUGGCGUGACGCAUCCCGACUCGGGCCUAAAAGAGGCCGUGCGGAAGCGCGUGGCCUCCGCUGAUGCCGCGCAGGCGCAGAGCGCGGCGGCCGCAGCGAAGGCGCAGUGGAGCGCCAUGCGCGAUGACCCCAGGGCCACCAAGGAGGACUUCUGGCAGCAGAUCUCGGUCGCCUGCGGCCUGGAGUCCUCUGCGGCGGCGGAGGCGGACGCGGAGAUUUGCGCCACGCUACGAGGCUACUAUCCCGAAAGUUUGGAAGUGCUUCGAGCAGCCAAAGAGCAGCAAGUGGUGCUGGGGAUGAUUUCCAAUCAUCUUUCGUUUUGGUUUCACAAGGAAUGUGGCACAGCCUUGGAAGGCUUGAUUGAUCAAGAACUGCUGCUCGUCAGCUCUGAGGUCGCCUGCUCCAAACCCGGCCCUGAAAUCUUUCAGCUGUUCUUGGAACGGCUGGGGAAACUGCAUCCAGGACUCACCGCUGCGGACUGCGUCUUUGUGGAUGACAAGGCCGAGAACGUGGCGGCCGCGCAGUCCUUGGGCUUCCAGGGCCUGCUCUACGACGCGCGCAAGGCGGCCCAAGGCGACUUGGCCAAGGCCUUGAAAGACCUGGGCCUUCCCUUGUGAGGAUGAUUAAAGGGCGCCUUUUCGAGCACGCGCCGCGGAAAGCAGCGCCGG